AUGCCUUACGUCCCCAAGGAGCUGGCGCUCAAAUUGCGUGCAGCCGACCAAGGUCACGUGCUCAUGUUUGAUGAUGCGGACAACCUUUCGCCAUUAGAGGCACGGGAGUUUGCAAAGGAGCUUGAAGCUCUUGAUCUAGAGUUCCUGCAAACCAUUUUCCAAGCUUCAACACAAGGGACAAUUGCUGAGACAAGGACGAUUGAACCCCUUAGGAGCUAUGAUCGAUUAGAGCAAUGCUCGAUACAAGACAAGCAGCAUUGGUUGAAUCUAGGCCUGGAAAGUAUUAGUCGAGGACAAGUUGCUGCUCUGGUAUUGAGUGGGGGUCAAGGUACCCGACUGGGUUUUGCAGGUCCUAAGGGUAUGUACGACAUUGGUCUACCGUCAGAGAAGAGUUUAUUUCAGCUUUUUGCAGAAAGAAUUGUGGCUCUGCAAGUUUUAGCUGGAGACAAAUUUUCGACAAGAUUACGACAGGAGAUUCAAAUUCCAUUUUACCUCAUUUUGGAGAAUGCACACAAGUUGGCGACAGCACCAGAUGGUAAUGGUGGCAUUUACAAAGCAAUGAAGUCAAGUGGAGCGCUUGCCAGACUGCAGGCGUGUGGUGUGAAAUACUUGCAUGUCUUUUCGGUGGACAAUGCGUUAUGCAAAGUGGCCGACCCAACUUUCAUUGGGUACUGCAUCGACAAGCAAGCAGACUGUGGCAACAAGGUGGUAUGGAAGGCGCAGCCCGAUGAACGUGUCGGCGUUGUGGCCAAGAGGAAUGACCGCUUUUGUGUGAUCGAGUACUCGGAAAUCGAUCGUGAAAUGUCUGAGCGUGUGGACCCUCGCACAGGCAAGUUGGCUUUUGGAUCGGCCAAUAUUUGCAAUCACUUUUUCACAAUGUACGUUCUUGCAGGGAUAAUUCUUAGUUUUGCUUCACACGACGCUAAGCUUUGUCUGUAG